ACAGGUUGAGGGAGAUUGAAGGAGCUGCCGCAAUCCACAGCCUGGAAGGGCUGAGGUUCUCUGGAGGAGGAACGUGUCAGAACGUUCUGCAGGCGAGGAGACGAAUCUUGAGGACCGGUGCCUUGCCAAGACCUGUAAAAUCUCGCUGGCUCAACCAAGGGGAUGCUUUGGGUACCGGUGAGAUAAGAGACCAGAGGAGAUCUUUAGAGUUGGGGACUCGGCUGUCUUCUCCAAGCAACUUAUGUGAUCUGAGGCUCCAAUCUGCUUGGGAAAUUCAGUUGAUAGGCCACCAACGCCAGCGCUGAUGAGUUACUAUGACGAGGAAGUGGCCAGACUGCACCAUGCGGAGGAUUGCCACGAAAUGGGGUGCCUGUGCUCGAGCCGGGAGACCCAUUUUAGCCAUCCCGAGUAUCACGAUAAAGAUCUGAUGACGGAGGACGAUAUUUAUUGCUGCUCUUUAUCGAAGACGUUGUGCCAUACCUCCACCCCGGUCACCGUGGGUUUCUAUUCGCCCUGCGGAACUCGCGUUCACUCCCUGCUGGACCAGAUUGCCGGAUGCAUGCUCAAAGAAUCCAUCCGAAGGGAAGAAGCCGAAUUCAAUAGGACUCACCAGAGGUCCCGAGUCCCCGAAGGAAUGAACUACCUGACCCUCCUCUGGUACAUCGUCUUCUACCAACCGGUCAUCACCGAGAUGCAUCUCCGAAGGAAAACCAUCGAGUUCCUCUUCAUAAGAUUCAGUGCCUGGGAAUAUGCAGGCAGCGACAAAUUGUGGGCUGGGUUGGUCACCACCCUGUGUGACCAUAUCCGCCACCACUUCGGUCCUCUUCCCCUCAGUUUCUACCACGUGGUGGGAAGCCGUCCAGAAUUCGCCUCGGGAUUCACCCAAGAAGAGUGGAGGCUUAAAAAGAAAACGUGUUGUACCGCAGGAGGCCUUAUUGUGAUUUUGCUAGCCGGCGCAGGCCUGGCUACUACCGCCCUCCUCGUGCCAGGGAUAAGGGAUGGCACAGUCUUAAAGUACCUUGGUAGCACCUUUGCUGCCAUUUCGGGCUCCGGCUUCCUCAUCGCCAUCAGUCCUGUGAUUAAGCACUUGAUCAUCAGCCAGAAGAAGAAGAUCGAGAGCAUGACCAGCGAUGAGAAGUUCACCAGCCACCUGGGUUUCAUGAGUGCAGUGAAGAGCGAGAUUGAGGUCCUCACCAGCUUUAUCUACUACAUGGAAAUCUUCGAACGUCGGCGUUUGAGGAUUGUCUUUGAGAUCACGUGCUUGGAUAUGUGCUACCCCGAACGGGUGGUUGGGGUGUUGAACGCCAUCAAUACUCUCCUUUCCGACAGGAAUGCCCCCUUCAUCUUCAUCCUGGUGGUUGACCCCUGUGUCAUCACUUCUUGCUUGGAGCAGGCAAGCACCAUGAAGGGAAUGGCGGACAAUGGCUACCUGUAUCUCAACCGCACCGUGACGCUUCCCUUCUCCAUCCCCGAAAUCGGCAUCAAGUCCAAGAUGCGUUGUCUGCACGAGGCCUUCCAGACUCGGGAAGAUCUGAUGUACGGCAUCAUCACAAGGAACAUGGAGUUGGGAGUGACCAAAUCCAAAGGGAACGGUCAAGCACUGGUGCACUUAGAAACGGUGGUUCAAGAAGACCAACACCAGAUCGAUGCUAUGGCCGUGCAAUACAUCCACGAAGCUUUUCACUGCUUGCAUGAUGAACAAGAUUGCCUCUACCAUUAUGUCCCAGAUAGCAUUAUCCAGAUGAGGAGGAUUGUCAACACCAUUCCCAUUACGAUCAGGUUGAUGACACAACAGCACCUGUUGAGGCACAGCCUCUGUCCCCGUGCAGUGGCCAGUUGGGUAGUGUUGGCCAACCAGUGGCCGUGUCGCUUGAGUUGGAUCCUCCAACGCAUGGAGGACAAGCUUCAGGGCCAACCGCCCAACGACUAUGAGAAGGAAUUGAUGUGGGACGUCUUCGUGGAGACUUGCCCUGAGCUGUUCUCCAAGCACAAGGAACUCCAGAACAUUAUGGCCUUGGAUGGCGACCCUGAGCUUUUUGAGAAAUUCUUGUCCGGCGACUUCCCCUUCACUGUUCAAGAAGGGAAGAAAUUGCUGAAAUAUACUGUGAACUUAGACCAUUCCAUAAGAUAUAAGAUGGGACAGCUGCAGGCUCUGGCCACUCUGGAGAACUACAAAAAGGGUGAAACGAAUUCAGAGAAGAGGGCUUAGACAACAUGGAUGCUGGGGUGAAAACAACUUAGCUGGGAAGAUGGGAGCGUGAAAGACAGAAAGCUGUAUAGGUCUUUAACUUGGCAAAGCUGGCUGAGGAACUCUGGGAGUUGAAGUCCACAAGUCUUAAAGUUGCUAAGGUUGGAGACCCCUGGUAUAGAUCAAGAGUGGCAAACAUGGACCCUGUACCACUUGUGGACUUCAACUCCCAGAAUUCCUAAGCCACCUGGCCCAGGAAUUCCGGGAAUUGAAGUCCAUAGGUUGUAAAUAACUAUGGAGAUUUUUCAAUCAUCCCAGAAGAUCAUGGUUGUCCCAAAGGUGCCUUUUCCAAAAAGGCAAAUGGACAUUCUUGGUUUUUUUUCUUUAAAAAGGUUUUGCUUCUCAUCCAAGAAGCUUCCUUUAGUUCUACCUUAAGAACUGAAGGAACUUCUUGGAUGAGAAACAAAAAGUUUUCAAAGGAAAAAAAAAAACUACAAAAAUCCAGUUGCCUUUUGGAAAAACAUCUUGGGGGUAUAAAAGGGGCUAUAGUUGCCCACCUAUAGGUCAGGGGUCUCCAACCUUGGCAACUUUCAAACUUAUGAACUUCAAUUCCCAGAAUUCCUCAGCUACCAAAGCUGGGUGAGGGACUCUGGGAGUUGAAGUCCCCAAGUCUUAAAGGAGCCAAGUUUGCAGACCCCUGACUUAAGUGAUUCGCUUAAUAAUUGUGGCAGGAAAAAAAAUACAAAAUUGAGCGUGACUCACUUAAAAAAUUGCUGGGCUUAAUCAUGAAAAUUCUAGUUCCAACUAUGGUCAUAUAUCAAGGAUUACCUCUACAUGCUACUCUCGGAUUAAGUAUUAUAUUUAUGAACCGACAGGAUUAUCCAAAGCAGGAGUCUCCAACCUUGGCAACUUUAAGCCUCCAACCUUGGGAACUUUAAGCCAGGAUUCUGGGAGUUGAAGUCCACCAGGCUUAAAGUUGCCAAGGUUGGAGACCGCUGGUCCAAAGAUUUAAAAACAAACAAACAUAUUAUUGAUUAUAUUUUUGAUAUUUUUACGAGCCAGAAAAAAAAAAUACACAUCGCAAUAUUGCAAAACGACAAAAGCUACUGAACCGAAAAUACCAAUUCACAACUGAUCGAGUGUUGUGGAUCGGGACUGGGGAAGGACUCAACUCAAACCUACCUCACAAGGUUGUUGUUGUUGUUGUGAGGGGGUGGGGUGGGGGAAAUGGGGAGACAACCCCCUCUUUCCUCUGGAGUAUUGAAAGAAUCCGGACUGCCCAUCAUCAGCUACACAAUAAACAAUAAUUCACACAGGCUGCAGAAGUUGUGUUUUCUUGGGCGAGUUCUCCGUUUUUAAACGGGGAGGUGAUCCUGUGUACGUAUGUACUUAAGAGAUAUCAUCGCUACUUUUCAUAGAUGUGGAAGACACCAGAUGGUAGAAGCUGGGGUAUGUGGUGCCUGCAACUUACAACCACUCGUAUAGUGACCGUCUGAAGUUACAACUUCACACAAGUUUUUACACUUACAACCAGGAGUGGGCUGCUAGGGGUUC